AACAAAACAACCCCAUCAGAUCUCACAAAGCACGCAAAAAAUAAAAAAACAUCAAAUAAAAAUGGAAGGAGCAGUAAAUGGCGGUGCACAUAAGAAAACAGCCAGUGGAAGGGUCAAGUGGACCACAGAAAUGGAGAACCUACUCAUUGACCUGUGGCAAGAAAAUAUAGACGAUUUGCGGGGAGUCCGUAAGAACUCCCACGUUUAUAUGGAGAUGGCCCAGACCAUGAAGGAGGGGUGUGAUCUCGAUGUAGGAUGGACAGAAGUACGAACGAAGGUUGAAAACUUGACCAAAAAAUACAGGAUGGAAAAAAAUAAAGUGGGGCCAAGCGGAGGGGCUCCCUCUGGAUGGCAGCAUUUCGAGAAGCUGCAAGCCUUUUUAGGAGCCUUCCGAGUAAACAACUUGGAGCAAAGCACCCUGGAUAACGAGAAUAUUAAUGAGUUUUUUUCGGACGUGAUCGAGGUGGACCUAGAUGGAUCCUGCAGCUCCAGCGCACUCUCUGUGAGCAAUGGGCCCCCACAGAAGCGCACCAAUCUGAUCCGAACCCAGACGACGUUUCAAACUGACUUCAUGCAAUUUUUAAGAGAAAACAAACAGCAGUAGUAAGUUUUUAUAAUAAAUUUCUUGUC